ACAAAACUGGUACAUGAGGUGCGUGGUGUCCUAAAAAUGACCAACACUUAACAAAUUAGAACCUGUGGAUUUGAAUACCCGCCAUGUGACUCCAAGGGAGCCUAAAGUAUUGGACCACCGAGGCAGGGACGUGCUAGUUGUGAUUUGAUGUAACAUUCAAAUGACGGUAAAGUAAUUUAGAGCUCUCUAUCAGCUGGGUGUGUUUUAUGUGUCUUGUUCACACUGCUAACAAAGUCUGCUGCAAUAGUGCAAAGUAUUGACUCUUCUAAUAACUCUUAUUUGUGUUGCAAUACGUAAAUGCACUGUUUCAAAUAAGUUAUUUUACAGUUUUGUUAUUUAUUAAAAUGAGCUCUAGAGUGUGUUAUCAAUCACUAAUAUUUGGGAUACCUCCCCAGGGUGAAAAAAAAAAAAUUGGAAUAAAGGCCCAAUAAGAAUUAGGUCAUAUUUGUUAGAGGCUUUCAAUCAACAGUGUGCAGCUGAGAAUAAAUGAGAUUGGUACAGAAUGCUAAACCACCUGCUAAUGUAGUUCACUUUCUGCCACGCUUUUUUGCAACUUUGACAGUGUUUAUGCCAUGGCUGUGCUCCAUGCAUUCACACAAAGUAUUGCCAUCUGUUUUUUUUUCACUAACCACAGUUCUGGCCAUUCUUGAUUGGGGAUUUAAUUUAGUAUACUAAUGAUAAAGAAGCAUCUCAAUGACCACUAAAAUGUUCAAUGUAUCAUUUGUAUGUAUGUAUGUAUGUAUCUCUAAAAAAUUAUGACAUUGGUCAGUUAUUAUUACAAUUAUCCAUGUUUUACUUAACCAUGUAUACUUUAUAUAUUCUUCACCCCUAUCUUCAGUUACCUGAUAAUGUCUCAUAGGCUUGAAACUGGAAAUAUUACUUUAUAUAGAUUUAUAUAUUAUUUCAUUUAGGCUUUUCAUCUAAUUUGAAGCAGUUUUUGUAAUGUCUGAAAAAUUGCUAUAUAUAUAUAACAACUACCUUUUUCAGUAGCAGUGUAAAGGAAAAGAAUAGCUGUCUGUUAAAAGAUCAGAGUCAUUCAGUGUAUUUCAAUUUGUUUUACAAAGACAGAAACAAUCGCUUAUUUGGAGGUUUAAUUUUCAGUAAAUUUCACAAACAAUAAAAACAUGAUAUAAAUAUAAACACCAAAACUGUAUGCUUUUUUAACAGGCACACAAAGAUCCAUAGAUUACCACAGAAUACAUGUAUAAUUGUUUUCUCGUUAGCUCUGCUCUAAGCAGUCCUUUCAACUUCCAAAAUGUUUAGCUUACACAUAUAAUCAGACAAUGUUAAGUCAAGCACAUGUAUAUAGGGGUGGUGUAUGCUCAGAGGAGGUGUAUGCUUUGACUAUGUAAACCUUUGGCUGUGUUACUUGUUGUGUUUGCUUUUGGUGUGGCUGACGCUGUGACGUUGGGCUCCAUUACGUUAGCAUUAUCAAUGUGCCGUCGCUCUGGAAAGCGAUAUGGGACACCACUGUGCCAGCCUCCUCAGGUUAGCACUACAGUUACAGUUGCUAACAUCUUUUAUUAUGCAGCACUUGAUGUGGAUAUAUGGCAGGUUGCGCAAUGUUUAGAGCUCUUGGCUUGCAUAUACUGUAUGUAUGUAUAUAUCCAUCACAGAAUGCACUUUUAUUAAAUAAUAAAAAUUCUUAAUAACAAUAGCAAAUAUACACAUACAUGGCUGAACAUGUUUACUGCCUGGCCCUUUCCUGCUUAGAUUAAAUAUUAGCUCGAUCUUCUGAGUGACACUUUACUUUCGACUUGAUAGAUCCUAAACUUGAGAAUAUUAGACCACGAAUCCUCCUAUUACGUCUACUCAAAUAAAUUAAUUAAUUAAUUAAUUAAUUAAUUAAAGUAUCUUAAUCAGAUUUAUUUGUGUAAAGUCUCUCUAGUUGAGAAAUUCACAGCUUUGCCAUGCCAUUCUGUGGUUAAACAUCUACAUCUAAGCACAUCUACUCUGGCCAUGCUGUACAGUUUCAAAACUAAGACUAUGCUAUGCUGAUUUAAAAAGCAAUAAAGGACUCCAAAGCCAUCUCUAUGUGUUGAGUUUUCUUGCAUGAUCAAGUAGGUGAACACAAGACAGCAUGAAGGGCAGGAGGAGUGGACGAUAGAGGAAUGGAGAAACAUAAGCUGAUGGAGAUGUGCAAGAGGAGGGAGGGAACAGGAGUGAAGGAUAUUUAAGACCUGGAGAUGCUCUCUCCUCAUCCGUUUCUUUGCUUCUUUCUAUCAGUCUGCAUCUCUGGCUCUUUGUCACAGACAAAGGAGGCUCUUCAGCAACACUCAGUAGCUUGGCAAGCCUGGAGACAGAAGAACCAAGAUGCCACGCUCAAAUUGUGAUGUCAUGGCUAAAGAACCAAGCACUAACCUGGAGAGCGCCAUGCAGAUGCUCAUCAAGACCUUCCAUAAGUACUCAGGGAAAGAAGGGGACAAAUACACACUUAGCCGAGGGGAGUUAAGAGAACUACUGACAGAGGAAUUGGGAAACUAUCUAGGGAAUGCACAAGACAAGGAUGCCGUGGAGCGAGUGAUGAGUGAUCUGGACGCCAAUAAUGAUGGUGAGGUGGACUUCACUGAGUUCAUCAUCCUAAUGGGUGCACUCACCGUGGCCUGCAAUGACUUCUUCCUUGACAGCCCACCACCAAAGAACAAGCCUGAGCCAAAGUCAGAUGCAAAGGAAGGAGAGAAGAAAGAGUAAUGAUGGGAUGAGAAUGGGAGCAUGAGAGAGAAAUGUAUCAGGUGGUUUCUGUAACCAGGAGUGAACGUCUGAGGAGAAACCCAUCUGUUUUGAGCUAUUAAUUACUUGAAAUUUCCAAUUAUUAUGCUUGUCAUUACUCUGUGCCCUAAACACAUUGAACGCUUUCAUUAAUUUCAGGAACAUAUUUGUCCAACCCUAAUCUAAUUCCCCAGGUAAGCAGAAAAACAACAUGCAGCUGUAGACACUUUUGUUUAAAUUAAAUCCUCCUGAUGGUACUAAGAUACAUUUCUUCCAUUUUGAUGUACAUUUUGUGAUUUUAGGACCUGAUUGUACUAAAGUUCUCCAUUAAUUUGAAGAGUUCUAAAUACAUUAAAAAAUGCAUCUAGUACCCUGACAAAAUAUCACUGAAACAUUCCUGUAAUUAACUUGAGGAAACCUAUGAAAUGGUUAGGAUGAAGGGAGGGGUUAACUGUAAGCUCAUUUAUAACACACGCAUUAUUAAAAACGUCACCAGUGUUGAACACUUCAAUGUGUUUUGCUUCUUUUCAAGGCACCUAUUUUGUAGCCUGUUUUGGUAAGUGAUAUGUAUCUUUAUCAUUACAAUAAAUAUGUCUAAUGGAUCUUCACGAGAAUGAUUUUAUUGUGUAUUGCUCAUUUAGAUGAAAAGAACACUGAGGAUUAUCAUGAAAC